AUGGAGAUACGACACACGUGCUGCGACAUCAAUCGCAUUGCGCGCCACUUCUCCAGCGAGCCUGAUCUUACCAAGCAACCAUACCCUCGGUAUGCUCCAAAAGAACUUCGGCGCAUAACCAACGAGGACGCACAUUUGCGCGCACGUCUUCAACAGCUAGUCCCCGAGCUUAUCGCACUACACGACUCUUUUGGAGGAAAGCUGCAAGACUUUGUCAUCGACGUUCUCAUUCCGACCAUGCGCCGAACUGCGAAAGAGUUGAAAGAGGAAGACAAGACACUUUACGCGGCGGGAAGAAGAGAGCUAGGUGUAGUAAUGAAUGAGGAUGAAGACGAGACUGAAGAAGAAGAGGAUGAUGCGGAAGAGGAAGAGGUUGACUUCGAGGAAGAGUCCGACGACGAGUAUUGA